CGAAAACAAGAUCUACCUCACGCGCCAUUUUUUUACUCACGCGCUACUCUCUUUCCCCCUUACUUGUGUUGUGUGUGCUGCCCAUCUUUUCUCUUACCUCCUCGGAAGUUGAAGCAAUACAAACAAAAAAAAAAAACACAAUUCGUCUUCUCUCUCUCUCUUCUUUGGUCUUGUUAUUACUAUUUUGCUUACAGUUGAAGAAUCAAAAAGCUUCUCUUGAUCUUUGAACCAAUCAUCUAAUAGUUUUCUGAUCGUAAUUCUCUAUAAAGUUGAUAGAUCGAUCGAUUUGAUUAUGGAUUGUUAUGCUGGAAGGAAUUUUGAAGAGCUUGUUGUGCCUAGUUAUCAAGAAUCAUCAUCAGAGACAUACCCAUCUACUGGUAUGUGGGGUGGAUGGAGCAUGAGCUCUCCUCAAGCUGCUCAGAAAUGUUUCGAUUACGAUGGUUUUAAUGGAGAAGGUUUGAUGUACAGUCAGAUGGGUAUGAGGACGAGUGAAGAAGAAGAAGAGUCUAAGAGAUCAAAGGCUAACUACGGUGCUUCUUCACUUCAUGAUUUCGAAGGAAUCGAACACAUGGAUGAUAUGUUCUUAAGUUCAAUUUUGGAGGAUGUUCCAGAGGAUGAUGGAGAUGUACAUCGAGCAACCAGCAGCAAUAACAGUGUCGGUUCUUCUUCUAUGUAUGGUGGUAGGGAAGUCCCUAUGUUCCAUUGUCAUGAUGACAUGUCUUUCAAGGAGGAAGCUCCAUUUACGAUCUCGGAUCUGUAUGAAGACAACAACAUGUUAGAUUCAAACUAUGGGGAUGAACUGUCUUCUGAGGAACUCGUGUUGCAGGAUCUACAAAGGGCUUCACAAAAGUUAACCGAUGAGACACGCAAAUGUUUCCGGGAUACCUUUUACCGGCUUGCAAGGAGUUCACAAGAUAAAUCGGAUUCAGUCAGCACUAACUCAGAAGAGCUGCUUAUGCAAACGUCCAGAUAUGAUUAUGGUGAUGGAAACAGGUUGAGUAGAGAGGAAGAGAUAGAAUCUGAAACGAAUUCAAUCGAUAGAGCCAUUGCAAACCUCACAUUCAACAAAAUGGAAUCCAACAUAAGCAAUUAUCCUCUGCCGGAAAGAGUACAGUAGGUGCCGCUGAUCAAGAUCAACGAUUGGCCCUCAUCAUCCUCCUAUGAAGUCUUCUGUCACCAUACGUGUAUAAAUAUGUGUAUAUAUAGAUGCUUAUUGUUGCAAGCUUCAGUUUUGAUCUGUCAAAAGAAUCUGGUCCCUUUAAAUUCCUGCAGUCUGGUUUCUACAAACAAUGCCUAAUAGCCUUAAGAAUUACUUCUCAAUA